AACGGCUUGAUAUAAGACUUGCAGAAAGUCGAAUCUUACAAAAACCUGAAGCCUAGAAACGCUCCUUGAGUUGCCACAAUGUCUCUGGCCAAGAUACCUCUCCUGCUCAUCGUAGCGAUCAGUAAUCACAUAACCUAUACACCACCCAACCCGCCUCCGGCGAAGACGGAAAUCAUGAAGGACAUCUCGCUGGCAGAACGCUUCUUCACCAGUAUCUCCAGACAAAUUACAGCAAUGUUCAAGAUGGCCGGCUGGAUCGUUACCAUCUGUGAAAUAGCAGUCAUCCUCGCACAGGCAUACCCCUCAUCCAGACUCGCGGGGAUAACCGAGGACCAUCUUGUGGUCGCCUCGCGCCACUCGACGUACACGCCCCAGAUCACGCCCACUUUCCUUCUUGUCUGUGGCCUGGCAGCAGCCACCGCCAUGCUGCGACUGCUAAGCUACAGGGUGAUGGGCCGACAUUUCACGUACGAGAUGACCCUGCUCGAGAACCACAAGCUUUGCACGAGCGGACCAUACUCGGUCGUCCGCCACCCAAGCUACACCGGACUGGUCAUGAAUGGCGUCAUGUUCCUCCUCUGGAUAACGGGCGACGGAUCGUGGGCGCGCGAGAGCGGGUUGUUCAACAAUCCGGUAGGGAUGGUGGUGACAUGGUGGUUCGUGGCGUCCCAAGUCUAUGGGUGCAGUAGCGUCCUCUCCAGAAUGCCGAAGGAAGACGAGGUCUUGCGGAGGGAGUUCGGCCAGCAGUGGGUGGAAUGGGCGGACAGAGUACCGUGGAGACUGGUGCCGGGUAUACACUAACGAUCAUAUGUGACGGAACCACAUGAGCAUAGUCAAUCGUUCCCGUAGCGAAUCCCGCUGCAGGUGUGCAUGUCGCGGUCGUCGCCCUCUCUGGGCGCUCCUGGGAUUCUCGUUGGCAAUAUUCGCAAUCGGUAUUAACGGGCAUAUCAAUCGUAGCACGGGGAUUCACAGCAGAAGACUCUAAAUGGAGAUCGUACCUAUCACGAGUCAAUAUUAUAUCGGCAAGUCAACAUUGUGCUAUUAUUGCUACCAGCGGC